AUGCGUUGUUUUACUAUCUGUUGCAGUCGCGAUGCUUCUUCGCCAACUAGGCAAAGAGUAAAUAUCGAUGCAGAAAUUUCAGAUGUUGAAAAUGCUAAGUUAUACAGUUACAAAGAGUUAAAAAUUGCGACUGAUAAUUUCAAUCCGGCAAAUAAAAUUGGGGAAGGAGGCUUUGGUUCCGUCUAUAAGGGUAGGCUAAAGGAUGGUACCUUGGCUGCCAUUAAGGUUCUUUCCGCUGAGUCACAGCAGGGUGUGCGGGAGUUCUUGACAGAGAUAGUGGUGAUAUCAGGCAUCGAACAUGAAAACCUCGUGAAAUUGUAUGGUUGCUGCGCAGAAGAGGAUCAUCGAAUAUUGGUGUAUGGCUAUCUUGAAAAUAAUAGCCUCUCUAAAACUCUUCUCGGUGGUCGCUACAGCGGCAUUCAAUUUAGCUGGAAAACACGGACUAAAAUCUGCAUAGGGGUUGCAAGAGGGAUCAUGUUCCUUCACGAGGAAAUCCAGCCUCACAUCGUUCACAGAGAUAUAAAAGCAAGCAAUAUUCUCCUUGAUAAGGAUCUCAACCCGAAAAUCUCUGAUUUUGGUCUUGCAAAGCUUUUUCCAGAUAAUCAAACUCAUAUUAGCACACGUGUUGCAGGAACUAUAGGUUAUAUGGCCCCUGAGUACGCAAGUCGAGGCCAGUUGACUCGGAAAGCAGAUAUAUAUAGUUUUGGUGUUCUCCUCAUGGAAAUUGUCGGUGGAAGAUUCAACACGAACAAGCGAUUGCCUUCUGAAGAUAAACAUAUUCUUAGAAGGGCAUGGCGACUACAUGAGCAAGGGGAUCUGGUUCACUUAGUGGACACGGCACUUGAAGGGGAUUUUGAUGUUGAUGAGGCUCACAAAUAUCUGAAGAUUGGUCUUUUAUGCACACAAGAGAAGCCAAACAACAGGCCAUCCAUGUCUAGCGUAGUGAGAAUGCUGACAGGAGAGAUGGUUGUGGAUGAAAAGACUAUAUCAAGACCAGGGCUGAUGCCGCAGUUUGCGCCUAUGGAGAGUUCUCAGAGUAAUAUAUCAUAUACAUCUUCACCUGGCUCGGGAAAGAAAGAUAUGUUAUUGUCGUCCCAGAACACAACUAUGACAUAUGCCACCAUGUCUUACACUUCGAUAUAUGAUAGGAGUAAUUGA